AUGAAAUACAACGAACUUGGUGACACCGGCCUCAAGGUCUCUCAUGUGAGCCUAGGGGGAGCCGCUUUUAGUAAUAUUUAUGGAGCGUAUGAUGAAAAAAGGAGUUUGGAUCUUAUAAGAGAAUCCUUCAAACGAGGCGUUAAUUAUUUAGAGACUGGGCCUUGGUACGGUCAAGGCAUUUCCGAGAGGACAAUAGGAAAGGCACUACAAGGUAUCCCAAGAGAAUCAUAUUUCAUUGGAAGCAAAGUUGGACGUUACGAAAAAGCUACUGAGAAAAUGUUCGAUUUUUCAGCGGAGAAGACAGAAGCCGGUGUGGACAAUACCCUAAGUCUUCUUGGUUUGGAUUACGUCGAUCUCAUUCAGGUUCACGACAUUACAUUUGCUCCCGAAACGUCGAUCAUCUUAAAAGAAACACUCCCAGUACUCGAUAAAGCUGUUAAAGACGGCAAGGUCCGAUAUAUUGGAAUCGCUGAUUACGAUAUUGACUUGAUGAAGGAAAUCGUCGAAGAGUCUGACGUCAAAAUAUCUACCAUACUCUCAUAUGCCAAAUCGACCCUUUUUGAUAAUCGCUUGCAAAACUAUACGAAUUAUUUUAAGAGUAAAGGAGUCGGCGUGAUUAAUGCAGCAGCUACAGGCAUGGGCUUAUUGUCCAAUAAAGGUCCCCUGCCUUGGCAUCCAGCUAGCGACGACAUUAAGGCAAUCUGUAGACGGGCGUCUGCGUACUGCAAAAGACAAAACGUGGAAUUGGCUCGUCUCGCUUCCUGGUUUACACUAAACCAACCCGGCAUCGACACAAACGUUUGCGGCUUCUUCAACGCGGAACAGAUGAACGACACCCUUGAUAUGCUUGAAACCGGGCUCAGUGAACACGAAAAAUCGGUGCUUGCUGAGGUUCAAAAGCGGUUUUUCGAGAAGGUAACGCUGCACUGGGACGACGUAGAAUUACCAGCUUAUAAAGACGACCUGGCUAAAAUUUUAAAGAAGUAA